AUGUCCACCUCGGCCGAGACACAACAAGAGUCUGCCGCGCCUGGCCGUCUCUUGCUACUGUCGAAUCGCCUGCCUAUUACUAUCAAACGCUCCGAAGAUGGCAGCUAUACAUUCUCCAUGUCCUCUGGAGGUCUCGUCACUGGCCUGAGCGGUCUCGGAAAGACCACGAGCUUCCAGUGGUACGGAUGGCCUGGCCUCGAGGUCCCCGAGAACGAGGUCGACGGCAUGAAGAAGCGUCUCAAGGCAGAAUACGGCGCGCAUCCCGUCUUUAUCGACGAUGAGCUUGCUGACCGCCACUACAAUGGAUUUGCCAACUCCAUCCUCUGGCCGCUGUUCCACUACCACCCCGGUGAAAUCACCUUUGACGAAUCGGCCUGGGCUGCGUACCAGGAAGUAAACCGUCUCUUUGCACAGACCGUCAUCAAGGACGUUCAAGACGGCGAUCUGAUUUGGGUCCACGACUACCACCUAAUGCUUCUGCCCCAAAUGCUGCGCGAGGAAAUUGGCAACUCCAAGAAGAACGUUAAGAUCGGCUUCUUCUUGCACACACCAUUCCCCAGCAGCGAAAUCUACCGUAUCCUGCCCGUCCGUGAACCUCUCCUCACGGGUCUUCUCGAUUGCGAUCUCAUUGGCUUCCACACCUACGACUACGCGCGCCAUUUCCUCAGCAGUUGCUCGCGCAUUCUCGGUACCCCGACCACGCCCAACGGUGUGGACUGGAACGGACGCUUCGUCACUGUCGGAGCAUUCCCUAUUGGUAUCGACCCCGACAAGUUUGUCGAGGGCUUGAAGCAACCCAAGGUGCAAGAGCGCAUCGCAGCCUUGAAGCGCAAGUUCGAGGGUGUUAAGCUCAUUGUCGGCGUCGACCGUCUUGACUACAUCAAGGGCGUGCCACAAAAGCUCCAUGCUCUUGAGGUUUUCCUCACGGAGCAUCCUGAGUGGAUUGGCAAGAUUGUUCUCGUGCAGGUUGCCGUGCCCUCGCGCCAGGACGUCGAAGAGUACCAGAACCUACGCGCCGUCGUCAACGAACUUGUCGGCCGCAUCAAUGGAAAGUUUGGCACCAUUGAGUUUAUGCCCAUCCAUUUCCUUCACCAAUCCGUAUCGUUUGAUGAGCUGACGGCGCUCUACGCCGUCUCUGACAUCUGCCUGGUGUCUUCAACCCGCGACGGCAUGAACCUCGUCUCGUACGAGUACAUUGCCACCCAGCGUGAGAAGCACGGCGUCAUGAUUCUCAGCGAGUUUACUGGCGCCGCACAGUCGCUCAACGGCAGCCUGAUUGUCAAUCCCUGGAACACGGAAGAGCUGGCCAACGCCAUCCACGACGCCGUCACCAUGAGCCCCGAGCAGCGCGCCGCCAACUACAGCAAGCUCGAGCGCUACGUCUUCAAGUACACCAGCGCUUGGUGGGGGGCCACCUUUGUCGCCGAAAUGACACGUCUCAGUAACGAGGAGACACAAGCCAAGACCAUCCGCAAUGUGUCGGGUGCUGUGGUCAGCUCCGGCCAGAAAACAUUGACAGAGGAGCCUGAGAGCAAGGAGCAGGAAGCCUAG